AAUGCACCACAAUUGAUUUUUCUUGAGUCAUACGCUUGGGAGAGGCUGUUCCAACACAAAUCUCUGAGCUAAAUGAAACAGGCCCCUUGCUCUCUGUUUUCAAUCGUGGGGAAAACUGGAAAAGUUCAUGGGUAAUAUCCUCUAAUCAGAUUUCAUCACCAUCUUAAUCAUAAACUUUAUAUACAUAGGUGAUCAGAGGCACUCUUGGGUUGGUUUAAUUCCGCCAAGUCAUCGAGCCAUCCUGUAAAUUUGCAGAUUGUUCAUCACCUCUAAGGUAUGUGUUAAUGAUUUUCACUAGUUUUUUAUAUGCCAGACUGCCCAUUAAGAGACUCUGUUUGGUUCUUGAGAAACUUGCAUGAAACACAGAAUGAAAGAAGGAAGAAUUUUGAAUCUUAUGGUUUCCAAAUAAUGGAAGAACCGUCUUGGUUGAAUUGUCUAGUUCAAUUUGGGUAAAUUCUGUGGGAGUUCCUCUGUUUUCUCCGGUCCCAGAUGAUGGGGCAGCCAAACAGAGCUUAUAGGUUGAACUAGCUAAAGGUAGAACUGUUUCACGAUCAUGAUUUCGAAAACUUACCUGGGAAAUUCUCGAAUUGCACCUCAUUUCAUAUUUCAUUUGUUUUGACAAUAAUCGAUUGAUACAAUUGUUUCAUCUUUUCAAGUGUUUGAAUAAUUCUCUGGAAUGGAUCAGCCGGAAGCAAAGCGACAAAAGAUGAGUUUGGAUUGGGAAGAGUCAUUUAACCUUUUUGAAGAAGCGGUUGCUUCUGAGAGUACUGCUAUGCAAAUUCAAGCCAUAAUCAAGGUCGCCCAGCUUUCUAAUUAUGCACCGGACAAUGUACUAACACGUGCGGUGCCAAUCCUCACACAGCUUCUUGGCGGUAGCUCCAGUCCAUUGGUUCAAGAAGCCGCUGCUUAUUGCUUAAAAUGCAUAGCCCAUCAAGGUGAUCGUGAUGAUCGGUUGGCAACACUCAUUGGGCAGUCUGGUGCUAUUCCUAUUACACUCAGACUGUUGCAGCAUUCCCACGGUGGCCUUCAGGGAGUUCUAGUGAAAUUUCUUUGGAGCAUUGUUACAUUUGGUGCACACAAUAGGGUAAUCGUAGUUAGAAAUGGUGGAUUGGAGGUCAUAAUCAAUAUGUUAGGGUCAUGCGUGGGUAGUACGAGGCGGCACUUGUUAGAGAUAUUAAGCGCAUUGGUGUGGUUGAGAGAGGUGAGGAGGGUCAUAACCAGUCUAGAAGGCCUUCAGUUUCUUGUUGAGGCGGUCAAGUUCGGUGGCAUGGCCUCUAGGGAAAGGGCUGCUUAUGCGGUGGGGUCGCUUGGAGUGGCAAGAAGCGCUAGGACUGUGCUUGUUGAUUUGGGAGCAAUGCAGGCGCUUAUGGAGUUGCUCAGAGAGGGAGACGUCUCGGCAAAAUUGGUAGCUGGCAAUGCACUGGGGGUGAUCUCAGCGCACGUGGACUGCAUCAGGCCACUUGCUCAAGCCGGGGCUAUUCCUUUGUACGCAGAGCUGCUCCGGGGAGCAGAGCCCGUGGGGAAGGAGAUUGCGGAGGAUGUGUUUUGUGUCUUGGCUAUUGCAGAAGUGAAUGCAGUCUCAAUCGCUCAGCACUUAGCGCAAAUCCUUAGAGAAAACGAUGAUAUUGCCAAGGCUGCAGCUGCCGAAAUUUUAGGCCAUCUCUCGAGAUACAAACAUUCAGUGCCCUUUAUCACAAACUCUGGUGCGAUUCCGGUUCUUGUUGAGCUUCUGAGGCAGGGGAGUGAUGAAGUGAAGGAGAAGGCAUCAGGGGCCAUUGCUCAAUUGAGCUAUAAUGCAGGAGACCGAGCAGCGCUAGCGGACGCCGGCGCAAUUGCGAUUCUGAUGGAUUUAUUGGGUGAUGAUCAAUCAGAGGAGCUAAGAAAUAAAGCUGCAGAAGCUCUCAUCAGUUUUUCUGAAGACCCUUCACAGCGUGACAGAAUAUCCGAAGCAUUCAACAUUACUUCGUUCCAGGACAUCCACAACAGACUGGCACAGCUUCGUGCUCCCGAUAAUAAUGGCGAGCACAUGGCCAGACCUUCGAGACAGAUGAUGAGCAUGGAGCAGCUUCCUUGGGACCCUAUUCCUAAUCUUCUCUAAUUCUGUCCCAUUAAUGGAACAAUUCAGGCCUUUUCAUCAUUUAAUAUCAUAUUAUUUUGAAAUAUAACUUUAGUGUAUGCAUUUUCUUAA